CUCCGCAUCGGUAAUUCGGAAAAAUCCGCGCAGCAACGGCCAUAGUGAACACGCGCAUUAUAUUCAUUUUUAUUGUUCGAGUACCUCGCCUGCCGUAUUUAGUUAAAAAUAGAAAACCGACGAUUUUUUUUUACCUAUCGAAAAAAGCAUAAAAAAUACUUUAAUUGACCGAGAAAAUGUAAUUAUAUUCACACUUAAUGUAAAGAAAAUUGUGUUACAGACUUGCAAAAAAACAGCUGCAGAAUACAAAGAUAAAAGAAAAUUUACCAAAAGUAGUAUUUAUAAUCUUUAUAUAAGUGGCUCGCAGUGAGAAAACGAAUCGAAGAAAAGAAAUGCAAAUUCAGAAUAAAAAACUAAAGCAAGCAUCGUACACAUUUGGCGCGUGUUCUAAACAAAAUCAAAACAAAUAGAACUGGCGCAUUGGCGCUAAAGACAUACGAGUUUAAUCCUACGUACGUACAUAUGUUUAUGUACAUAUAUUUAUAAGCCAACGCGUGAGAUAUUUAUUACAAACAAAUUGGUUAUCGAAAAGUAUUCCCAAUGUGACUGAAAAGAAGAUAACCAAAGUGAUUAGUGCAGAGCUCGGAGUAGUUGGCAACCAACAAAUGUGGAACGGCUUUUGUCAUAUGUUUAUAAAAAUUCCACAAUAAAGGGCCGAUUUUCAUGAAACGUCCCAGUUGACACAACUUCGUACAUUUGGGAGUAAACGGUGUAAUUAUGUCGAAGAAGCCACGAGGGAAUAUACACAAAAUUCGAGAAUUCGAAUUGGAAAAGAUCCAUUUGGUCGAUGAAUUCGACAUUUUACAAAUUGUAGGUGAAGGAUGGUUUGGAAAAAUUUUGCUGGUCGAACAUCGCGGCUCUCAAACCGAAAUGGUUUUGAAAGCCGUGCCAAAGCCAUACGUCUCAAUACGUGACUUCUUUAGAGAAUUCCAUUAUGGACUGCAUCUGGGUAUACACCGGAAUAUAGUCACCACUUAUGAUGUAGCCUUCGAGACAGCCGGUUUCUAUAUAUUCACACAAGAGUAUGCGCCACUAGGUGAUCUCACAUCAAAUAUGACUGACACAGGUGUUGGUGAGGAAUAUACGAAGCGAGUGGCCAGACAGAUCGGUGCUGCCUUGGAUUAUAUGCAUUCAAAAGACAUUGUACAUCGAGAUGUGAAGCUGGAUAAUGUGCUCAUAUAUCGGUCAGAUUUUACCCGUGUCAAAAUUUGUGAUUUCGGUGAAUCUUAUCAGGCGGGCACAAUUGUGGAGCGCCGCAACGAAUGGCUGCCUUACAGUCCACCAGAAGUAUUAGAAAUUAAACCGGAAGGCACCUACACAGCCGAGCCUAGUCACGACGUUUGGCAAUUUGCCAUUGUCAUCUUUGUUUGCCUGACUGGUUGUUUGCCUUGGCAAAAGGCCGCCUCCGAUGAUCCGCGUUACGUACGCUACUUGGCGUGGUUUGGCGCAAAUAUUCUGCCCAUGAGACGAACGCCGAAACUCUUUAAGUUACUCACCUCACGAGCUCAGCGCAUGUUUAAACGCUUUUUAGAUCCACGCGCGGAGAGACGACCGAAAAAUUUAACUGAUUUAGCAAAGUUCCUUGACGAUCGUUGGUUAUCGAAAACAGCCGAAAAGGAGAUGGCCGAAUAUGAAACCGAUGAAUUGUGUCCAUCCAUGUAUUCCUUCCAUAGCAGCCCCGAUGAAAAGAAUCGAUUACUGUACACACUGGCCAACUGUGGCUUAGAGACCAAUGUGGAUCGACAAUCAAAGAAAAAUCGUAUUAAGGAUUGGAUCGAAGCGUCCGUAAUAACGGAGGAGGAUGAGGAGGAAGUCGAAGAUGCCUCGCCCUCAUCCUCAGUCUCUCGUGAACCAGUCGCAGGGCACAUUUCAUCAAUUCGUGCUACACUGGAAAAAAGUAAAGCAUUCAACACCACACUAAAGGAUGCCGCACAAAAACAUUUUGAUCCACGCACUGGCGCUCUACAAGAAGGCCCCAGCGAGAUGGGCGCCAUCACGCAGACGCACCAGAAAUCAUAUAGUCCCUCAAGUGGCAACAUGUCCACCAUCAAUAACGGCGACAGUCUCUGCGGCAGUCUCUUGACUCUGGGCUCACGCCCAGAUCUGCUACAAAGUCAUUUAGAAAUAUAUAAUUCUGAUUUCAAUUUGAACCGUUUAGGUGAGCAAAAUAACUCUGCUCAAUUCUACGGGCAUAACCAGUCGCUUAGCAGCAACAACUUACUAAUGGCUGACUAUGAAACGGCUUAUGCCCAAUACCCAAAUAAUAAAAGCAACGCCACCGCAGCUAAGAAAUCCAUUGGCUUAGAUACGUAUGGACUUCCGAAUGAGCAUAGGAAAAGUGCGUUGAAGCGAACUAAAUCCGAUUCUGUAAAAACUGUUAUGUUCGCAAGUAUGCCUGCUAUCAAUAAUAGUGACGCUUAUGCCGCUGGGUUAAAGCUACCGCAAACGCCACCACUAAAAAAUGCUACUAAUCAAACGCUAACUAGUGCUAAUCCACCAAAUGAAACUUCUUUCUCGUCAAAUGCAAAUAAUACUAAUGAUAGCCAUGUGAUCACAGGAAACGGAAAUGCAACGAAGCCCAAUUCAUCUGUGACCUUAUCGGGGCUUGCCAAUGCCUUCCAUUCACUUGCCUCGAUCUCAUUGCCGGCUAAGGCAGGUACUCCGGAAAAACAACAGCAACAGCAACAGCAGCAGCAUCAGCAGCAACAACAAGAACAGCAACAAAAACAAGCUCAGCAGCAGCUGAAACAACAACAGUUCGCCACAUAUUAUUUAAAGCAACAAGAAAAUGGUUCCUCAGUCAGAGAUAGCGCUUACGGCUCGGCAGAAGUCAGCGAAGGUCCAUCAAGAACAGUGAGCUACUCCUCGAUGAAGCCCCAGUUCAACGGUAUUGCCGAGCAACACAAUGGACGUCAACAACAAACGCAGUUCUCAAAUCAUAGCCGUGCUUUGAGUCCGGAAGGGCGUCAACGACAAGGGCUGGAGAAACAGCAGAUUUAUAGAGGGGCACGAACAGGCAGCUUAAAAGAUUCGCCGUACGAUAGAAUUGCAGUAACAAAUAACAACAACAAACGAAGAUAAAUUAAGCAAUAGUGAUGCCACUGAUAUGUCUAGUUUUAUAUGUAGUUCGCCAUUCGCCUUUACAGCUGUUAAAUACCCGAUUUUUUAAGCCUAAAUAUAAAUUUAUAAUAUUUAAAUACAAUAAAUGAAAUCAAUAAACUCUAGCUCCCUUGUGUGAAACCGA